GCUUCCUGUUCACUUUAAGAAAUAAAAAUGAAUGUGUUGCAUCGUCUUGCUCGGAUGCACAGGCUGUUUGCCGCAAAUGACUCUUUUCAAAAUGACAUAUAACUUACAGCAUUACAGUCUCUCGAUUAGCCUACUCGUGAUAUUCGCGGUAACGUUUUCUGUAGAUGGCGAGUUUCUGUCUCUGGAUCAUUUGAAACCUCAAGCAAGCGACAAAAUUCAGACAAGAGCGGUAGCCGACCUUCUGAAGCGGCUUAUAGGGAACAGAGCUCGAGAGUUCAAAGUGUUAGUCGACAGAACUUUGGCCAAUGGCAGCGUUGACGUAUGCGAACUCCGGUCAGCUAGUAACAACAGAAUCGCCGCGACAGGAAGCACGGGGGUAGCACUGGCUACCGGAAUAUACAACUAUCUAAAGUAUUUCUGCAACUGUCAUGUGUCUUGGUCAGGUAGCCAGCUGAAUAUUCCGCAACCACUGCCCGCCGUCACUGGGGUUCUGAGAAUCAGUACCCAACACAGGUUCAGGUAUUACCAGAAUGUGUGCACUCAGAGCUACUCCACAGUGUGGUGGGACUGGCCACGCUGGGAACAGGAGAUUGACUGGAUGGCCCUCAAUGGAAUCAACCUGCCCUUGGCAUUUAAUGGGCAGGAGGCCCUGUGGCAAGAGGUGUACCUCUCCCUUGGCUUGAAUCAGACGGACCUUGACAACUUCUUCACAGGCCCCGCCUUCCUGGCUUGGAACCGAAUGGGUAACCUGUUCCAGUGGGGAGGACCACUGCCUCAAUCCUGGCAUACCAAGCAGCUGUACCUCCAAUACAAAAUCUUGGGUCGAAUGAGAGCAUUGGGAAUGAUGCCAGUCUUGCCUGCCUUUUCGGGGAACGUGCCUCAAGCCAUUACCAGGCUGUUUCCUCAAGCAAAUGUGACCAAGCUGAACCCAUGGAGCCACUUUAACUGUAGCUACUCCUGUGCUUAUGUUCUGGACCCUCGUGACCCCCUCUUCCAGCGUAUUGGUGGUCUGUUCAUGUCCGAGCUAGUAAAGCUGUUCGGGACGGACCACAUCUACAACACUGACACCUUUAACGAGAUGACACCCGCUUCUCCAGAUCCGGCCUAUCUGUCCGCAGUCAGCAGCUCUGUGUAUUCUGCCAUGACAUCAGUUGACCCCCAGGCAAUUUGGCUGAUGCAGGGCUGGCUGUUUGUUCAUGAUGUGGUCUUCUGGAAGCCAGCCCAGAUCAAGGCCCUACUACAUGGUGUGCCCAUUGGCAGAAUGAUAGUGCUGGACUUGUUUGCAGAGACCGCACCGGCCUUCUCCUCCACCCAGUCGUUCUAUGGCCAGCCUUUCAUAUGGUGCAUGCUGCACAACUUUGGGGGCAACAGUGGGCUCUUUGGCACAGUGGAGAGCAUUAACAUGGGACCCUUUGAGGCUCUUCAGUACCCCAACUCCACUCUGGUGGGGCUGGGCAUGGCCCCAGAGGGCAUAGAGCAGAACCCUGUGGUGUACGAACUAAUGAGCGAGCUCGCCUGGCGCAAGGAGCCUGUUAAUUUGGGGAAGUGGGUCUCCCUUUAUGCUGCCAGGCGCUAUGGUAACACCACUGAGAACCUGGCCACAGCCUGGAAGCUUCUGUUUCGAAGUGUGUACAACUGUACUGUGCCACACUAUAAGAACCACAACCACAGCCCCCUGGUGCACAGGCCAUCCUUACGCAUGUCAACUGAUGUGUGGUAUGACCCCAGGGACCUGUAUGAGGCCUGGAGGCUCCUGUAUGAGGUCGCCCAGCCCCUCGUGUCUGUGGAGACCUUCAGGCAUGACCUGGUUGACGUCACACGACAGGCCUUGCAGCUGCUGACCGCCGAGUUCUACAGAGAAAUUAGGGACGCCUUCCAAAGCCAGAAGUUGCCAGAGCUGUUGACGGCCGGCGGGGUGCUGGUGUAUGACCUCCUGCCCGAGCUGGACCAGCUCCUGUCCAGCGAGAGCCACUUCCUUCUGGGGGUCUGGCUGGAGCGAGCGCACUCGCUGGCACUGAGUGAGCAGGAGCUGCAGCAGUACGACUUCAAUGCCAGGAACCAGAUCACAUUGUGGGGCCCAGAGGGGAACAUUCUGGAUUAUGCCAGCAAGGAGUGGGGCGGACUGAUGGAGGACUAUUACUCCCAGCGCUGGAGCCUGUUUGUCAACACCUUGGUAGAGUGCCUGGAUAGGGGCUGGCCUUUUAAGCAGGAGACAUUCAACAAAGCUGUCUUCCAGGUGGAGAAAGGUUUCGUUUUCAACCAGAGGAAAUACCCGUCCAAACCGCAUGGAGACACCUACGAUAUUGUCAACAGAAUCUUCUUGAAAUAUUACCCACAAGCCUUGAAAAGACUGAACUGACUUUUUUUGUCAGUCAAGUAAAGACUGUUCUCUACUGCAGCACAAAGAAUGUCUCUGCGUCUGUCUUCCCUGCUAGAUGAACAAGGAUAGGAAUCGGUGUUUAGCAGAUGCUGAGAAAGACAGUGCAGUAGGGAUGUUUUAUUCUUUUUUUGUGGGGAAAAAUGGAUGCUAAGAUGGGAUGAAUGUUGUUGUGGCUUCUCUGUUAGUCACAUACUAUGUCCUGAGAGCAGUGACACAGUGAGACAACUUCAUAUACAGUAAAACCUCAGAGAUAUGAACCUUGAGAGUUAUGGACCAACCAGUCAGUGGAACAGAGUAUGAACCUGGAGAUAGAAGGUGCAAUUAUGCCUUUUCAAGCUCUUUUUUUAUAGAUUCUUUUUUUUUAUUAUGACUGAUCCAAAAAGCAGUAAAUGGAAAUAUGUCAAUGUUUAAAUUGAUUUUAAAAGUGGUAGUACACCUUGCAUUUUAUCUUUGCGUGGUGUGUUUCUGAUGGAAUGAAAUGAAAACAAUGGCAUUUAAGUAGCCUAUGGUUUUUUGGUGCAUUGUUUGACAAGAUGGUGGAUGUGCUUAUUCAUUAACUGUGCUUGAAGCAGUGUAAGGGCUAAUAUAAUACUUUUUGUUACUUACAAGUUGACUCUUCCAAUCAGUUU